UGGGAAUGUCUUCGCACAGAGCUGAAGCGACUCUGAAAGUUCGUCUUGCAGCGCCCUUCAUUUCGCAUCUGCUCUCCGUCCUCGCUAAUUGUGCUAUCUUCGACCUCUAUCCACCAACCGAAAUUCUGAACCACUGGGAAAAUAUUUCAGGCUCACCUGACCCUAGUUUCCCAUCGAACACCCAAGAAACAUUCUUUGAGCUUCACGAGUACCCGGUUCACCGAUGAACUUAUGUGGCCUUUGCAAAUUAUUGAAUCAAACAACUAACGCGAUAAGCUUGAAACGAUGCUUAAUUGGACAUUCGGCCGAACCUGCUGUUUUCGUCAAUUC